AGAUAAUGGAUGUUCUGUUGGAAGCUUGUCAUGACGAGAAGGCUGAGUACAUGAUCAUAAGGGACCAUAUAAAGGCAUUUCUGAGUGGAUAAUGGCAGAGCUCAUAAACCAUCCAGACGUUCUUAAAAAGGUGAGAGAAGAAGUCGACUCCAUUGUUGGGCGUUCAAGGUUGAUUCAAGAAUCAGAUCUUCCAAAGCUACAGUACUUGCAGGCAGUCAUUAACGAAGGUCUGAGACUACACCCACCAGGCCCUUUCGUCAGAGAAUCAUGCAAGAUUGGAGGGUUUGAUGUGAACGAGAAGGCGUUACUGCUCGUUAAUGUUUACGCGAUAAUGAGAGAUCCAAAUUCGUGGGAUGAUCCAAACGAGUUUCGACCAGAGAGGUUCUUGAUUUCUUGGACAACAAGGCAAGGUAGUGAUAACAAGGAACGGGUUCUCAAGUAUGUUCCUUUCGGAGGGGGGGGAAGAAGAUGUCUAGGUGAAGACUUGGCUUAUAUUUCCAUGGGAAUGGCCAUAGGAACAAUGGUACAAUGUUUUCAAUGGGUGAUUGAGGGAGAGAAGAAGGUCAACAUGGAAGAAGUAGGAGGCAUGACCUUGACCAUGGCUCAUCCACUCAAGUGUGUUCCUGUUCUUCGCUAUUAGAAUACAUGUGCCAAUGGAUUUGAUUUGGUUAUUUGCGGUUUAAUUGGUUUUUGGUUUAAUCGCUUUAUAUACAAUUUUGAAUUCGUGUUACCAUGUUUGUUUUUCUUUCCCUUCUAUUGCUUUGUACAAGAGGAAAAUUGCAUAAUGGUAGCCAAGUUUGUGAGGCUUGUAUUCUUA